CUGGGCCCUUCUACCGAAUAAAACCCCAACUCGCUGCUUGCAGCAUCAUCAGUUCAUCGUCUCCUCCCCGUCUCGCGCACGAACACACGCCCCCGGCGCGCGCAGUAGCCAUUAACGCGUGCUCGUAGCAUUCCCUGCUUCUGCUUCCCUCGUCUUCUCGAAGCUUCAUCGCCAUGGCGGACCAGCUCAGCGACGACCAGAUAGCAGAGUUCAAGGAGGCCUUCAGCCUCUUCGACAAGGACGGCGACGGUUGCAUCACCACCAAGGAGCUGGGGACCGUGAUGCGGUCCCUGGGCCAGAACCCCACUGAGGCGGAGCUGCAGGACAUGAUCGCCGAGGUGGACACCGACGGCAACGGCACCGUCGACUUCCCGGAGUUCCUGAACCUGAUGGCGCGCAGGAUGAAGGACAGCGACUCGGAGGAGGAGCUCAGGGAGGCGUUCCGCGUGUUCGACAAGGACCAGAACGGCUUCAUUUCCGCCGCCGAACUCCGGCACGUGAUGGCCAACCUCGGCGAGCGGCUGACCGACGCCGAGGUGGACGAGAUGGUCCGCGAGGCCGACGUGGACGGCGACGGGCGCAUCAACUUCGACGAGUUCGUCAAGGUCAUGAUGGCCAAACGAAGGAGCAAGAGGACGGAGGAGAUGGCGGCGGCGCGCGGCAAGAAGAAGCCGGCGGGGCCGUCCGACGCCGGCAAGCGCCCCCAGAAAUGUGUCAUCCUCUGAGCUGCAGCUCCGUGUGUACCCGCGAGGCCGCGACCGUGCUCACCGUCGUGUUCCCUUCUUCCGGUUGGCUUGGCACUUGGCAGCGUGCGGAUGCUCGAUUCGACACCUCAUCUAGCUCAGCUGAGGGCGAAACAUGUCGUUCUGUUGCGUCGUACUCCACCCACGGUGUGUGUAACGUGUAAUACUACUUGCUGGAUGAAAUAACUUCUGCAACGUCCGCGUUGCAUUGCAUAUUUGCGUUAAUUUCUCUACACGAAAAA